AGGUUAUCUAGUGAAAUAUAUAUACGAGAUAGAAUACUAAAACUGUUUUGAGAAAUUUGACAAUGAAAAAAUGUUAAAAUGCAUUAACUAAUUUACGAAUUUCAUCAUCUCGUACAAUAAUUGAGAUAAUUGGAAUCACAUUUCUUUUUAAUUAGAAUCAUUUUAUUGUGUAAUUAUAUAAGCAGAAGAUUAUAUAUUAUAUUAGAUUAACCUAAAAAAAUGAUGCAAGUAUCCAGAAAUAUAAUGCGAACUUUACUUUCUAGCUGGCAGCCUAUAUCGAUAACACCGGCAGCUGGUUUAAAACUCUUUCCUCCACCUAUAAAAUUUGGCAACAUUGAAUAUCCUGAACGACGAAAACUCAGAAUAGUGGAGAAAGUCCCACAAUAUCCACCAGGAAUGCGUGCUUUUAAAAUGCAAAAACGAUUGAGAUACAUGCGUGGUCCAGAGGAGGUGCACAAUUUCCUUUUAUACAAGCAAUACGGGAUCAUUGCAACAGGAGGAGGUAGAUUAAAAUAUAAUCAUUUUGAGAUGAUUCGUUUAAAACUUGGCAGAAAAAUUAAUCAAGAUACAAUGUUUGCAAUUUGGCGUGUAGAUCCACCAUGGCAACCAGUUACAAAAAAGGGACAAGGACACCGCAUGGGUGGUGGUAAAGGUUCCAUCGACCACUAUGUUACUCCAAUUAAAGCUGGACAUGUCAUCCUAGAGCUUGGCGGUCAUUGCGAAUUUUUUGAGGUAAAAAAGAUAUUGUCUGAUAUAGCACGCAUACUGCCAUUUAAAGCCAAAGCUGUCAGUCAAGAAAUGUUAGAUAAAAAUGCAGCUGAACAGGAGUGGAUGGAAAAGAACAACCUGAAUCCUUGGACCUGGAAAUACAUGGUUCAAAAUAAUAUGCUUGGUUGCUUUAAAUGGAUAUCGCCAAAUGAUAAACUAUGGUUUAACAAAUAUUUGUAAAUAACAAGAAAAAAUUGUAAGAAAUUAUAUGUACUUUUCUUUCUAUAAAA